ACCUUCCUGCCGCUCGAGGAGCUCGAGCCCACGCUGACGGACGUGCUGGCCUUCAUCGACACGUUCGAGAGCGACUCCACGGCCUCCACGGCCAGCAGCAGCGACGACGGGAAGCUGCCACCGCCUCCGCCCGUGAGCUCCGUGGAGCGCCGGAAGACGCGCAAGGCCGCGGCCUCCCGCCGCUGCCAGCAGAAGAAACGGGCCGAACUUUUGGCCCUGCGCGCGCAGGUCACGGCGCUGGAGACCCGCCUGCAGGAGCUCCAAAAGAUCCAAAAUAAGAAUGUGGGUGGUAAAACUAUUUUGGGUCGCCGGCUGGAUAAGACCCAGAGGCUGAGGGUGGCCCAGGCCUGGCAGAACAUGGCGCAGCUCGAGCGCGAGCUCCGACUGCAGAGCGAGCAGAGGCACCGGCAGCUGCUGGACGUCGUGACCAAGCAGAGCCGAGUAGCUCGCGCUGUGAAGAACGUGCUGGACAAUGUGACCGCGGUGGUCCACAUC